UGGGGUCAGGGCCGGGGGAGGAAGUACGUGGUGGCUAGUUCCACCACAGCGAAGUCUAUCCAGAGCAGUGCUGCAGGCUGCAGUGGGGCGGGAAAUGUCAGGCCGUCCCACCCUGCGACUAGAGACUAGGGUCCCGAGCCCAGCGAGCCAGUGGAGGAGUCGCUUCCCCUGGCGGUGCACUGCGAAACGGAGACAGAGACCGAGAUUGAGAUGGCUCCCGCAGGCGUCUGGGCUGCGCGCGGAGCCCGCGCUCGUCUGGUACCUGCUGCUUUUGCAGCUUUACCCAAUGCUCACCAACGCGGCCACCAGUGGCAUUUUGUCAGCACUUGGGAACUUCCUGGCCCAGAUGAUUAAGAAGAAGCAGAAGAUAGAAGACUCUCAAAGCCUAGAUAUCAGUGGGCCUCUCACAUAGGCAGUCUACAGGUUCUUUAUCACAGGUCUGCUAAGCCACUAUUUCUACCUCUUCCUGGAGCGCUGGGUCCCUCCUGAGGUUCCUUUGGCCACCAUGAAGAGAUUGCUUCUGGACCGCCUGCUCUUUGCCCCAGCCUUCCUGCUGCUAUUCUUCCUCACCAUGAGCCCGUUGGAGGGGAAGGACACUGCUGUCUUUGCCACCCAGGUGAGGAGCUACUUCUGGCCUGCUUUGCAGAUGAACUGGCACAUAUGGACCCCACUGCAGUUCAUCAACAUCUACUAUGUGCCCCUGCAGCGUCUGGAAUACCGAUGGCUGGACAGUCCAGCCGUGAGGUCUCGGUGUUCCUCAGCCAGCGCCCGCAUUUAA